UACAAUGAGAUAAAACUUUCAUCAUUUUGAAGAAGGCUGCUCUAACCAAUCCACACCAACUGUUAUUCUCUCCUCCAACAGCAUGGAUCGCAAGUUAAUAGAUUCGCUGGGGAAGGAGGGAUUCCCGAAAAAGCGCGAAAUUGCCGUCGUCAGCUCACCGUCGGUCGAAUCCGAAACGGAUGAGCAUCUACUGGACGAAGCGAUUGCGGCAGGGAUCACGGGCAAAGGUCAGCAAGUGCGUGGCGACCAGACCGGUCCAGCGAGGCAGCCCGAAACGGACAUGUUCGGUGGUGGAGCAGCUCGCGAUGAGCUGGCGGGCAUACAGUUCAAGAUCGGCGAGAAGGUGACGAGCGUUUAUUGCGACUCCGCCCUCAAGCUGGAACCCAUGCUGCAGGACGAGUGGCAGCUGCAGCUAGUGAACGCGGAGUGCAACCUGGACAGCGUGGAACCGCCGUCGAUUUUGUACCAGAUGUCGAUGCAACCCGUACCGCGCAAUGAACCGGUGGUGAGCACGCUGAACGCCGACUGUCUGCCACCGAUCAGCGAGCAAACGGCCACAGCGGGCGGUAGACCGGUGGCGAUGGCGAACGCCACUCCAAGAAAGCAGCUCGCCAUGCACGCGAUCAACAAUAAAACGCGAUUGGAAGAUUUGAAGGGGAAAACCAACAAACAUCCGGAGCCCAAAAGCCCCAAGAAGGAUCCAGCCCGCGCGAAGAUUGCGAAACCGGUCGUCGAGAGCGUGGCGAAGGUGGCACGGGGCCGUCCAGCGGCGCCAGUCGUCACCGGACGACCCAGCUCCGCCACGAAGAGUCCCACCCAUCGGCCGUCGCCGAAACGGUUCGCUUCGGUGUACGGUCCGCGGGUGACGCCGAAGCCCGUCAAAAAGGCGCCCGCCGAAGCAGCAGCAGCAGCAGCAGUUGCUGUUAGCAAACCGGCUGCCAAAUCAACCACCGUCACGCUGGUGCGCCAGGGCACGUUCGUGCUGGAAAAGCCGACGCUCUCGGUGCACGUGCCGAAGGUGCUAACCGAUCCGGCACCGGCGGCCGGCCCGGAGCGCAGACUGUCCGCGGGCGGCGCUGGCAAACCGGGCCUAUCGAAGAUACCGCUGCCGAGGGGGCUGAAGGAGUGGGCCGACGUCAAGCCGUUGCACUCGCCGGCCAGGGUGAGCCGCAUUCCCCUUCCAAAGCGUACCCCACUGGGGAAAGAGUCUUCCCGCUCCGUGCUGCACAAGUAGGCGGGCGAUGCGCACCGUGUCGCUGACAGCAAACAAACGCUCACGCCUAGUGGUAGUAGUUUAAUGCAUUACAUGUUAUCGCUUAGCUUAUGGAAUUCUUGCAAUAAUCAUUACUUGAUGCGAACCAAUAUUCUAGUCCGUUUGAUCGAUUUUAUUCCGCGCGUCCAAAUGCCAUCCAGUGAAUGAAUGAA